AUUGUUGUUUAUGAUGUAAGUAAUAUUAUAGAUAUACGAGUAGUAUUUUAAAAGUAACCCUGUAUAUAGAAUUAAGUGUACUUUAUAAAGACGGUAAUUAUUGGUUCCCUUUAUUCCCAUUUCUGGAUCAGGUCAGCGAUAACGGUAUUCCCCCAACGCACAGACUGCAACCACGACUACAGAAUAUGGAAUAGUCAGCUGAUCAGUUAUGCUGGCUACCGACAACCUGACGGGACAGUUCUUGGAGACCCGAUGCACUGUGAAUUUACUGAGCUCUGCUUAAAGCUAGGUUGGAAACCACCUAAAACAGCAUGGGACAUCUUACCACUCGUUCUUUCCGCUAAUGGAAAGGAUCCGGACUACUUUGAAAUCCCAAGGGAACUCGUAAUGGAGGUACCCAUGACUCAUCCCACGUACGAAUGGUUUGAAGAGCUGAAACUCCGCUGGUAUGCAUUGCCCGCGGUGUCCAGUAUGCGUUUCGAUUGUGGCGGGAUUGAGUUUACAGCAAAUGCUUUCAACGGGUGGUACAUGAGCACUGAAAUCGGCUGCAGAAAUUUCUGUGAUACUAACCGUUUGAACAUGCUUGAGAAAGUGGCGCAGAAAAUGGGCUUAGAUACACGAACUCCUGUGAAUUUGUGGAAAGACAAAGCUCUUGUGGAAGUAAACGUUGCAGUUCUUCACAGCUUCCAACAGCAUAACGCAACUAUUGUCGAUCACCACACAGCUUCUGAAAGUUUCAUCAAACAUCUAGACAAUGAAAAUAGAUUGCGGUCUGGGUGCCCGGCAGAUUGGAUAUGGAUCAUCCCGCCUAUGUCUUCAUCCAUCACGCCUGUCUUUCACCAGGAAAUGGCCCUAUAUUACUUACGACCCUCUUACGAAUACCAGGAACCAGCUUGGAAAACGCAUCAGUGGCAGAAAUCGAAACCAAUCACUGGCAAACGGCCUAUCAAUAGAAAGUUUCAUUUCAAGCAAAUCGCGCGCGCUGUUAAAUUCACAUCAAAAUUAUUCGGGAGAGCUCUAUCCAAAAGGAUUAAGGCGACCGUUUUGUACGCCACCGAGACUGGCAAAUCCGAACAGUUUGCAAAGGAACUGGGAGUUAUUUUCGGACACGCAUUCAAUGCUCAGGUUCAUUGUAUGGCGGAUUAUGAUAUCACUUCCAUUGAACACGAGGCUCUUUUAUUGGUUGUGACUUCCACUUUUGGAAAUGGGGACCCUCCGGAGAACGGCGUUGCAUUUGGGGAACAUCUAUGCGAGAUUUUGUAUGCUGAUCAAGUUGGUGAAGAUCCUAUAAGUAAUAACCAAAUGAUGAUUCCAAAGACAUUUAUAAAGGCAAAUAGUCAAAUGGAGUUGCAAAGAUACGCAGUGGGGAAUACCAAAAAUCUUAGCAGAUUAGAGUCGCUAAAAGGAAGUACGACUGACGCUACAUCAAUCGAUAGUUUCGGUCCAUUGAGCAACGUUCGCUUCGCGGUGUUUGCGCUCGGUUCAAGCGCUUAUCCCAAUUUUUGCAACUUUGGCAAAUAUGUUGACAAACUGCUGGGAGAUCUUGGCGGCGAACGUAUUCACGAUCUAGCGACGGGAGAUGAAAUGUGCGGUCAAGACCAGGCUUUCCGCAAAUGGGCUUCUAGCGUUUUCAAUGUUGCCUGCGAGACUUUCUGCCUUGACGAUGAUGAAACACUACAAGAAGCUAAAAGAGCCUUGGGCACAGUCGCCCUCAGCGAGGAAACUGUAAGAUUUGCUCAUCCUGAAGUUUGUCCUCUAAGUCUACGAGAAGCUUUGCAAUCUGCCUUGAACAAACACUUAGUAACUUGCAUUGUCAAGGCAAAUAAGGAUCUUGGUGAUGCUUCUGCUGAAAGAUCCACGAUUUUUAUUGACAUGGAUCCAAAGGAGGAAAUUAAGUAUGAUCCGGGUGAUCACGUUGGAAUCAUUGCUUGCAAUCGCAAAGAGUUGGUAGAUAGUUUGCUAGCUCGAGUAAAAGAUGUUGAGGAUUAUGAUGAACCAUUGCAACUUCAGCUGAUGAAAGAAACUCAUACAUCCAGUGGUCCAGUGAAGUCGUGGGAACCACACGAAAGAUUGCCAGUAGUAAGCGUUCGAGAUCUAUUCACACGAUUGUUGGACAUCACAACACCACCAACAACAAUUUUACUCCAGUACCUUGCAAAGACUUGUGAGGACGAGGACGAGCAAAGGCAAUUACAUUUGUUAGCUACGGACCCAGGAGCGUACGAAGACUGGCGUCACUUCCACUUUCCAACGUUACCUGAAGUCCUGGAUCAAUUCCCCUCAGCCAGACCAUGUGCGUCUCUACUGGCAGCGUUGCUCUCACCGCUACAACCAAGAUUCUAUUCCAUCUCUUCAUCACCUAUUGCUCAUCCGAAAAGAUUGCAUCUCACUGUAGCCGUUGUCACGUACAGAACUCAAGAUGGCGAAGGUCCUGUUCACUACGGUGUGUGCUCUAAUUAUCUGAUGGACCGUAAACCUGGAGACGAAGUUUACUUGUUCAUAAGGAGUGCACCAAACUUCCAUCUUCCGCAAGACUUGUCGGUGCCUUUAAUACUGAUUGGACCAGGUACUGGCAUUGCACCAUUCCGUGGUUUCUGGCAUCACCGCAGAGCUCUACUGAAAUCUCGAACCCAUUCAGCUGCUGGACCUGUUUGGCUGUUUUUUGGAUGCCGUACUAAAACUAUGGACUUGUAUCGAGAAGAAAAGGAACAAGCUCUCAAAGAUGGAGUACUAUCAAAAGUUUUCCUUGCAUUGUCGAGAGAGAAGAAUAUUCCAAAGAUGUACGUCCAAGAACUAGCGGAAAAAGAAGGAGCAGAGAUACAUGAUUUACUUGUAAAUAGAGGAGCCCAUUUCUACGUUUGUGGUGAUUGCAAAAUGGCAGAAGAUGUCCAUCAAAAGCUAAAGGGGAUCAUAAAGAAACAUGGAAACAUGACAGACGAGAAAGUGCAAAACUUCAUGUUCAUGCUGAAAGAGGAGAAUCGUUACCACGAGGACAUCUUUGGCAUCACUUUACGUACAGCCGAGGUGCACAACGCGUCGCGAGAGUCUGCUCGGAGAAAUCGUGUCGCUUUGCAACCAUGACGUCGGUCUUCGCGCUUCCGUCCCGACUCGCUCACUUAACCGACCAACAAUAAUCACAAAUUCUACGCUGAGUCCAACCACAAACACAAUGUCUACCAACACAAAUUGAUUACAAAUUUCACAACAGUUUAAUGGCGUUCGUACGCUUGGCCUCACAUUAAAGCAUACAAACUGUGAUUGUUCAAUGUUGCUGUGUAAACGUGGUUGAAGUUAUUUGUUGUUUUCAAUGGAAAAUGUAGAGUUUGUAUACUAUACCAUCGUAUCGCCUUUGCCAAAUAAUAAUAUUAUGUUGAUUCUACCGAAGUGAACCAGUCAGGUGGUCCACGGGCACAAAAGGUUCCAACCAUAACGUAUCAUAAUAACAAUAUGUAGUUGGCGUAUCUCUCAUACAAUGACGGAUUUGGGUCGGGCGUAAUCCAUGAAUUUCAAAAUGUCUAAAACGCAGAUUCCAGGAAUAUUCUUAUCGAAAAGCUUAGAAUAUAAAAACAUUAUUCAUUGUAAAAUAACCGCUUGCUCUUGGCAGUGCUCAAACCUAUUCGCGCCAUUUGCUUCUGAAUACUGCAAAGGUAAACCAAAUCCUAUGAAACUUUACGUUAAGGUAUUUGAGUUGGACGCUAAGAUUAAAAUCUAGUUUGAUUUAUGCAAAGUCAAUUAAUAGUUUGAAAAAUGUUCGCUUUAGCUUUGAUGGAGUGUGAAAAUGCCUCAGAAUGGCAUAUACGGAGGUUGUGCAAUGUUAUGGGUCUUCGAUUUGUACAUAUUAUUGGAAACUAGCAACUUAAACACAGUUACUACAUAAAGCAUUUUGUAUUAUUUUUGUGAUUUCUUUUAGAGGCUGCUAAUUUGAACUAUGCAAAUUGAAGCAGGGUGAUUAUAUAUUUAUAGCGCACAAAUACAAAUGCAUCCGAUAAGGAAGAACUUUGAGAAUUCCUAAAGCAUAUGAUAAUUCAAAUUUAUCAAAAUUUACCAUUGCAUACUCUUGGUAAUAGACGUAAUUUUAUUCAAUUUAAUAGUUUUAAACUAUAGUAUAAGUCUUCAUGUUUAUAAAAUAUUGUCCAAUUAUAAAGGUAUUUACAUUCCAUAAUUGUUAUGAAUCGGUAAAAUUAGGAUUAAAUGCAUUUAUUUUUAUUUAAUUACUUUAUAUUGGUAAUUACAACGACAAGUUUAAUUUCCAAAAUUUUUAUUUAUCAGUAAGUUAUCUAUGUUGUAUGAAGUUUUAUAAAUGUUUAUAUUUCAAGGUAUAAGGCCUAUUUUCUAUCAAAAAGCAGCAAAGAAUACCAGUGUUACAGUAACCAAAGUUACUUCCUAAUUUUGACUAAGCGCCGACGAGACGUGGAGAUCUUGAAGCAACGAACUACUGUAAAAACGCAUAUAUUAUCCAAGUCGUUUCGAUAGACAAUGGACCUUAUUCUCUAUGCAAUAUAGCGAUUAAUAUUAUUAAACAAAAAGGCUUAAAGUUUACGAUAUGAAAAUGAAUUGUACUAACUUUUCAAUCCUAUAAUAACAACGUUUAUUCUGUGGUAUUUCGAUUGGUCUGUCCUUGGAAGUAAGUCUAUAGGUGUGUGUUGAAUUUGUGAUCUUCUAAUUAGUCUUAAGAAAUAUAGUCAUAUUUUCUAUUAUUCGUGUUACAAAAAUUUAAUAUAUACAAUCUUUUCUGAUAACUAAUAUUUCUAUAUUAAAAUGUCAUACAUUAUAAAUAACUGUAUUUGCCGGAUUUACAAUUGUGGAUUUCAUAUCUUCUAAAUUUCAUCAUGGUUA